AUGUUCGCACCACUUGGCUGUGGCAUUCAAACUGGUGCUGGGACAAUCACUGAACUCACUAAUGCAAAGCCCUCGGACAAGAUCGCGGUGAUCGGGCUUGGUGCAGUAGGGCAGGCGGCUAUUAUGGGUGCCAAAGUUAAAGGCUGUCGAACUAUUAUUGCAAUAGAUCGGAUCGCGUCGCGGCUGGAACUAGCGAAAAGCUUCGGCGCAACCCAUGUUAUAAAUACGUCACUCCUGACAGAAGGUCUGGUCAAGGAGAUCAAGAACGUCACUGGAGGCACAGGAACUACAAUCACGGUGGACGCAACAGGUGUUGUGUCUCUCAUCCAAGAGGGUGUCGAAUUCACAGCCAACCAGGGGAAAUUCAUUCUUCUGGGCGUCCCCCCGAUGGAUGCAGGUCUGGAGAUAUCGCUAAUGCGAUACAUGUUUUCUGGAAAGUCGAUUCUGGGGUCGAUGGAAGGCAGCGUGUACCCGGAGGAGUACAUUCCCAGUAUGAUCAGGUGGUACAGGGCAGGGCGUUUCCCCGUGGAUAAGUUGGUCAAGUUCUACUCAGCCAAGGACUUCCGAAAAGCAGUGAAGGACAUGGAGGAGGGCGUUGUUAUAAAACCGGUUCUCAUUUGGUGA